ACAACAUCUGCAAAUAAACGUAUUAAGCAGUAUAUAGACAUGUUUGUUUUGAACCUAUAUCAUGUAACAUUUUGUUAAUUUAAAAAAUUUUAAUUUUUUUAAACCAGCACAUUUGUUUUUAGCUUUUAUUUUCACACAUCCCACUAAACUACAAAAUCCAAAGCGCAAUCCAAGACAAGCCAAAGCUAGCCACAGCGCGCUGUUUGGAACCUAGGCCUAACGUCCGUCUACGCACGCUGCGGUUACUUCGCUUGUAAGUUGGUCAAGAGUUUAAGAACUUUGGAAUGUUUGCGCUCGUCCGAUUUCCGAACGAGGUCGGCAACAAGCUGUACGUUGUGCCGACUCGGUACAUAAAAGAUUUUGAGCCGUCCGACGACGAGGAUUUUGAUGCGAAGGCUAUAUACCAAGCUUUCUGGGAUGACCCUGAGAAAGAAAGUACCGGGUUCUACUCGGCCCAGAUAUUGAUGAUGGCAGACACCGAAGAAAACCUGGAGAAGAAAAGAGCGUCAAAGCGAAUCCGCAAGACGAAGGUCUACGCCUCAGAAUACGAGGCUGAAGAGGAGGUCGACGAUGUUGCGCCCUCGCAGGCAGGAGCACGAAGGGAUAAGCAGGAAAAGAAGGUCCAAAAAGAAAAUAAGCAGGCUGGCCGAAGUCGUGCAUAUGCUGACAUCUUAAAGGAACAACUCCAGAGCUCCAAAAGGAAAAAUGCUGAGGCUGCUAGCCACCUUCAAGCUCCGAAGAUGCAACAGGAUACCCCUACGUCAGACAGUGACACAGACGACAGCAUAAUAGCUAUGCCAUCAUCGCAGCUUGAGCUGAAGAAGAAGGAUGUGAGCCACUGGCGCCAGCUAUAUCAGGAAAAGUGCCGAGAGAAUGAAAAGCUCUACAACAUAAUUGAAUCGCUGCAAAGCACCGUUGAUGGUAAACUUUGUGCAAGUCUUCCAAGCCCUUGCCUUGCUGCAUUGCUCCAGAUUCUUGAGGGACAAGCUCAGCGACCCUGCGACCUUGAACCCAGCCAUGAUCACAUGACUGCAUCUUGCGACCCAGCAGCUCAAGGUCCUUCCAGGGAAAGGCCAACCACUCCUCAUUUUACUGUGGUAGCCAGUACCUCUGCUGCUACCUUGUUGGCAACUCCCACGAGGGAGGCUACUGUGGGAGCCGGCACCAAGAGGCCGCUUUCUGGUAACAAGGGUGGACAGCGGCGACCCCAGUCAACUGAUGUUGCAGACUAUGGUGGACCCUCAAGUGCUACACCAUUCAGCACUUUGGAGAAUGGCAGGUUCCACCUCAAGGGAGGGGUAACUAUCUCCGAAGAGCAGAGGAAACACAUAUACGCUAACACGAGGCCUGCAAAGUUUGCGAAAGACACGGCUCAGAUCCUUUGGGGGUCAAAGACUCUGGUGGAGAGGAGCUAUGGGGGGAAACUUGCUCCCAAGGACAGGAAAAACCUGGGUGCAUCUGCUCGGAAGGAGCUAACCCCAGAAAAGGUGUCCCUCAUCCUUGAAACAUUGACACACUGGGGCCGGACAAAGAAUGUUGAGGUCAGCGGUGCCUUUGCCAACAUGAACACCAUUCUGUCCGAAAAAAUCCAGGACACAAGAAAGGGGUUCAGGCGCAUGGGCCUGAUGCACGACUAGAGAGAUUCCGCAGAUAGCGAAACAACUUUGUGCAUCCCUUCCUGAUCACUCUUCAACAGAGAAAUAAAUCUAUGACUUGCAA